AUGUUACAGAGUAUUUCAAUAUCAGAUUACAAACAAUCCCCUCAAUCUAUAUUUAACUCAUUAUAAUCGCAAGGUGUUAUUAGAUCAGUAAACUUAAAUUCAGGAGUGAAGUCUUCAGCUAUCAAAUCAAGUGGAUCGAAACGAUUACAUUCAGAAUGCAACUCAGAAUUAUAAUGUAUAUUAUUGAUAAUUAAAUUUAGUGUCUGUUAGUAGUGAAAAUUCAAAAUAACGUUCUUAUUCAAUGCAAUCUAAUCGUCCAACUAUUACUAGAUAAUUAUCACAUAAUUAAUCUAUUAUUGACACUGUAAAUAAGAAAAUAGUCUCAGAAACUAAGGAGAAUAAGUUUGUUUCAAUCAAUUAACAUGAGUAAGUUUCAGAUUUUAGUUAAAAAAACUCUAAAGAACAACAUACACUAAUUAAUUUAUAAAAUAAAGUAACAAUUUUGAUAGAUGAGAAUCAAAAACUUAUACUUAUCAAUGAAUAAUUAAUGUAAGAGUUGGAAAAAGCUAAAAUUGCUUAUGAAACUAAUAAUCAGACUGUAUUAUUAUAAUCAUUAUAAAGAGAAACGUAAUCACUCUAAUAAACUGUAUUAUAAUACAAAAAAUUAAAUAAUUAACAAUCUCAAUAAAUUUUAGAAUUGUAAUAAAUACUCAAUGAAAGAGAAGAAUUGAAUAUUGAGUAGAAAUCUAUUACCAAUUAAUAAUUGAUUGAAUCUUAAUAGGCAAAUAAGAUUUAUAAAGAAUAAUUUGUAUAAUUGGCAUAAAAAUAUUUGUUAAAAUGUUUUGAAUUAGAGAGAAUACAAAUUGGAGAAAAAGGAUGGUCAGAUAAAAUAAACAUUGUAUUGAAAGAAAAUGAAAAUUUGAAUCAUAUGUUGUAGUAACGAUUGAAUGAAUAGAGAUAAUUGUAACAAUAAUAGAAAUAGCAAAAUGAAAUAAUUAUAAAAUUAGAAUAAGAAAUAGCCUUUUUAUAAUAAUAGAAUAAAGAAUAGAAUUACAUAAUAACAAAAAAGAAUUAGGAUUAAAUUUAAAUAAUAGGAGAUCUUAAUAAAUAAUUUGAAUAAAAAAACGAGGAAAAUAAAAAAUUGAAUGAAUUACUACAAUAAUAAGAAUAUAAAUGGAGAUAAUCUUGUAUAGAAUUUGAAAAGGAGAUGAAGUAAUCUUAUUCAACAAAAUUGAAUUCAGAAAUAAAACAUUAAGUAUAGAUAAUUCGUGAUGAUUAUUAAAAAGCAUUGUUGAAUUAUUCCUAAACAAUAGCAGUAUUAUAGGGAUAGAUGUAGAUUUUAUAAAAGUAGAAUGAAUAGCUUCAUAAGGUAAAUUCGUAAAAUUCCAAUUUGAAGGAAUGGAAACAUGAGAAAUAGUUAUACUUUGAAAUAAUUUAAGAAUUGUAAUAGAAGGUAACAGAAUUGACAGGUUAAUUGGCAGCAAUAUUGAAUUAUAAUUCAAAUUAUAUUAGUGAUUAUAAUAGUUUGGGAAUAUAGGAAUAAUUGAAUAGAUUAGAGGAAUGUUAGAAAUAUAAUUAGAAGAUGUAUAAGAAGUGUUAAUAAAUAUUUAAUUAAAAAUUUUAUGUUUGA